AUGGCAGAUUCCGGUAAGCGCCUUGCCGAUGGCAAUGCAACCAGGGAACAAAAGAGACGAAAGUGGGAGGCAAAGCAGUCUCGCAAGAGAGAAGAGGAAGAAAGGGAAAAAGUGAGGCAGCAAUGGGUUGAUUCCCAUAGCGACUUUGCCUCAUUUGUGUCUGAGGAUGAUAUCAAGAAGGUCAAAUCAUCACAAAGCGAGAGAGAAUCUGAUCUUUCACUCUGUUUGCUUCCAUUUGUUGACAUUCAAGAAACGGGAAGCAAAAAUGCCAAAUUCAAUGAUGGGCAACGCUACUUCAUUGCGGAAAGCACCGAGACGAUUCGCAUCCUCAUUCAACAAUCAACGCAAACAAAUGCAAAUCAUUAUGGAUUGAGUCCAAUCCAACUAAAGAGCAUAUUUCUCAAACCAUGUUCCCUGUUUGAUGAACCUGUGCGAUUGAUCAACGAUGUUGAGGAAGCAAUGAGAAUACGGCGUGAGCGAGAUAGCCAAAAUAGUAAUCACCCUGGUUUCAAGGUAUUGAUUGGCUCCGAAUUUGUAUUGAGCAUGGUUGCUGGUUUUCCAAUUGCUCGCGGAGCCCUCGCUUGCGGAAUUGUCCCAAUGGGUCGAGACGAAGCAUGGCUGGAUUCCUUCUUGCAAAACAAGAGGAUGAGUCAGAAAUCAGAACCAUUACGGAUGCUAGCACUUGAUGGAAUUUGCGACAAUGCCAACCUGGGGUCCAUGAUUCGUACCGCGUCCGCCUUUGGUGUAGAUGUUGUCGUGUUGUCCCAGGAUACGUGCGAUUGCUGGUAUCGGCGAACCAUUCGGGUAUCAAUGGGUCACAUCUUCCGAAUACCCAUAGUGCGAGUCAAUAAUCUGGCAGCAACCAUAUCAAAAUGGUCGAGCCCGCGAUUCAAUGUGACUAGUUAUGCAGCCGUAUUGGAGACAAACUGCCUUCUUUCCGACAUUAAACGUGGGAACCUUCCAAAGUCCUGGUGUUGCAUUAUGGGGAACGAAGGGAAUGGGAUCUCAUUGGCAGUUCGGGAGGCAGCAACGCACAAGCUUCGUAUUCAGAUAGAAUCAGAGGUGGACUCGUUGAGCGUUCCGGUGGCGACGGGGAUACUGCUCAACGGCUUGAGAGAACGAGAAGCAAGAUGA